AUGUCCGGAGAAAAAUUUGAGAAAGUCCCGCUGUCCAGGCAAACGGUGACCAGAAGGGUGGAGGACAUCGCGGAGAAUCUCCGACUUCAGCUAAAAAGUGGAGUAGCAAGUUUGGACUUUUUCUCCUUGGCUUUGGACGAGAGCUGUGACGUCCGCGACACGGCGCAGUUACUGGUGUUUCUCCGAGGAAUAACACAGGAUUUCACGAUUACGGAGGAGCUGGCAGCAGUGAGAUCAAUGAAAGGAACAACCACGGGGAGUGAUUUGUUCAAGGUAAACGCAUGCAUGGACAAGCUUGAACUGAAAUGGGACAAACUGGUAGGAGUCACUACUGAUGGUUGUCCCAAUCUGACCGGGAAAUACUCCGGUUCGCCUUUUUGUGCCGGCUCGGCCCCCGUCGCCGUCUUGUUGUUGUCGUCGUCGAGGCCGAGCAAGAUGGCGGAGCAACUGGACCGAGUCAGGAUCUCAGCCGCUGAACUUCGAGCUCAAGGCGCCGCGACGUCCGAUUUUCCACUCGACAAAGAAGAGCAUCACGCGUCCAAGAAGCACUGGCGGCGCGCCGACUCGCACCGAUGCCUGCCGGCGCCCAAAAGCGCUCCGGCGUCCGACGCGGCCCGCUCCCGUCCCAGAAACGGCAAAGUCGGCGACGGAGGAGCGGCUCCGGCCGAAGCGCUUCCAGAAAACCGCGGGGAGAGUCGAGAGCCCGCCGGCGAGCCCAAGAAGGCUCGCAAACCCGACCGGGAGUUUUACCGUCCCGGGAGCCGCCGCGGAAAAGACGGGGCGCCGGAGCCAGACGAGACUUCCAAAGUCGACCGAAGAGAGGCCGGGCGCCACAAAGAGAGCCGAGAAAAGGCCAAAUCCGAGGAAAGCGACGGGAGCGGCGCGCUGGAGACGCUCGCCGGCAAAGUGGAACGACUCAGCGUCGAGGCUAAAGGCGGCGAGGAAGCGGCCCGACGGAGGAGGCGGGCCGGGAAGACGCCGGAAAACCCGCGGGGAAGAGGCGGCGACCGGGCGCGACAGAAGCGGCCCAGAGAGAGCAGAAGAAGAAGCCGCGACGGCGAGGAAGGGGACGCGGCGGCGCGGAGGAACGACCGACGGAAAGGUCAGCGGGGCGAGCGCACCGAAUCGGACGGCGGGGCGCCCGCCUCCAAGCGCUAUUCCGAAUCGGACGGUCGCCGCCGCGCCUACAGCGGCGGCCGCUCGUCCGGCGACUCCGGAGAAGGCGACGCCGCGGAAGCGGGACGGACGGACGACGACGGGGCGAGAGGGAGCAAAGGCCGAGGAACGCCGGAAAAAAACCACGGUCCCGGCGAACGCCGCCAACGCGGCCCACUUCCUCGGGGCCGAGGAGGAGGUAUCCUGGUGCUGCCGUCCCGCGGCGAGGCGACCGAGCCGCAUCCGGCGGAACGGGGCCGGCGGCUGCUUUCGGGCGGGGCCUCCAGGGGCCGCGGCGGGGGCGUCAGGCGGCUGUGGGACCCCAACGAUCCCGAGCGGAAGCCGGCGCUGGCCUCCGGCGGGCGACCCGCCCUCCCGUCUACCGUGCGGGCCGUCUACCCGCAAGGCUACGGACAGCUGCACUUUCUGGACACGGACGACGAAGCGCCGGCCGCCGCGGCCCUGGCCAACUACUACAAGUUCCAGCGGUCGGACGACCCCUACGCCGCCGGCCAGCGUUACCCCUUCCCCUUGGCGGCGGGCGACGGAGCGCACGCGCACAGAGGCUACGCGCAGACUGCGGAGGAGGCGGAGCGGCGGGCCCGAGGCGAGCUGGGCCGAACGCUGAGGGCGGCGGACGCCCAGGAGGUCCAGCUGGGCAACCUGCUGUCCCGAGACGGACUCGGCGCCGAGGGCCUGGAACGCAUGGCCCAGCUAAGGGCCGAGCUGCUGGCCGUGUACGAGCGCGUGGUCCUGAGCGACAUCGAGCUGGCCGACGCGCAGGGCGUGGACCAGGCCCUCUGGAAGAACGUCUUCUACCAGGUGAUCGAGCGCUUUCGCCAGCUGCUGAAGGAUCCCGCCGCCGACGCGCACCCGCUCAUCCGCGACGUGCUGCUGACGCUGCUGGACGAGGGGGCGUGCUUCUUUGACGCCCUGCUUCAGAAGCUGCAGACGGUCUACCAAUUUCAAUUGGAGGACUACAUGGACGGCGUGGCCAUCAGGUCGCGCCCGCUGCGCAAAACGGUCAAGUACGCGCUGAUCAGCGCUCAGCGUUGCCUGAUCUGUCAAGGAGACAUCGCUCGCUACCGAGAACAAGCCGGCGACUCGGCCAACUACGGAAAAGCCCGCAGCUGGUAUCUGAAAGCUCAGCAGAUCGCCCCCAAAAACGGCCGUCCGUACAACCAGCUGGCACUGCUAGCGGUCUACACUAAGCGCAAGCUGGACGCCGUGUAUUACUACAUGCGCAGCCUGGCGGCGUCCAAUCCAAUUUUGACGGCCAAGGAGAGCCUGAUGAGUCUGUUCGAGGAGGCCAAGCGCAAGACGGAGCAGCUGGAGCGCCGCCGCAGGCAGGAGCGGCGGGACGGCGGCUCCGGGGGCCCCGCCGUCAGGGGCCGCGCCGGAUCCGAUGAUGGAGCACGCCGCGAGGUCUGGCUGCGCCCCGGCCGAAGCGACCCGGAGCAGGACGCCGAGCUCGGCAGUCUCGGCGUCGCUGAGCUCAACAAGAGAUUCAUCCUGAGUUUCCUGCACGCGCACGGAAAACUCUUCACCAAAGUGGGGAUGGAGUCCUUCCCCAGGGCGGCCCGGCGGGCCCUGCUGGAGUUGGGCGCGCUGCUCCGACGCGGACCGGCCCCCUUGGGCGCCACCCAGCUGCUACAGAUCGUCACCGUCAACAUGUUCGCCGUACACAACGCCCUGGCUCGAGGCGACGAAGGAGGCGGAGAGACUCGCUCCGUCUUGCUGGAGCAGAGCACCGCGUUGGGACUGGCCGUCUUCGCGCUCUUGGUGCAACGCUGCACGGAGAUGCUCGCCGACGCCACCGCAGGUAUCGAGUUAGAUGCGGAGCGGGAGGACGGGAAGGAGCCCGCGGCGCCGCUGAAGGUCUCUGCUUUUCCGGCCGACCUGCGCGAACUUUUGCCGGCCGUCAAAGCGUGGUCCGACUGGAUGCUGGGACACCCCGAGCAGUGGAACCCGCCGCCCCGCAGCUUAGACUCGCGGCCGGACACCUGGCAGUGCCUGGCCCACCUGUGCAACGUGCUGGCGCACGUGGACCACGGCGAGGUGCCCCUCUACAAGGUGGACACGGAAGAGGCGGAGGGCGACGAGGAGCUGACGCCGCUGCAGCUGAAGGAGGAUCGGCUGCUGGCCGGCUUCGUUCCCCUGCUGGCGGCGCCGCAAGAACCCAGCUACGUGGACCGGCGCGCCGACACGGCCAUCGCCGCCGACUGCAAACGGGUGACGGUGCUCAAGUACUUCCUGGAGGCGCUGUGCGGGCAGGAAGAACCUCUGCUGGCCUUCAAGGGCGGCAAAUACAUCUCCGUGGCCCCGUCCCCCCCCUCCGCCGCCUCUCCCGACGCCGGGACCGGUCGGGACUCGCCGUCGGACAAAGAGGGCGACGACGUCGCGGCCGAGUCGUCGGCGUCGGAGGUUUCCGAAGAGGAGGAGGAGGAGGAGGCGGCGGAAGACGGCCGGAGCGACAUCAGACGGCUGAAGGCGCGGCGCCACGCUCUCGCCAACGAGCUGGCGCAGCAGCAGAAGCGCCGGCAAAAAAUCCAGGCGGCGUUGCGGACCGGCGGGCGGCUGCGGUUGGAGGUGCGGCCUCUCUUCCUGGUCCCCGACACCAACGGCUUCAUCGACCACCUGGCGGCGCUGGAGAAGCUCCUCCGCUGCGGGAGCUACAUCGUGGUGGUGCCGCUUAUCGUGAUCACGGAGUUGGACGGCCUGGCUAAAGGCCAGGACGCUUCCGGGGCCUACGUGCGCGGCGUCCAGGAGAAGGCCCGUCGGGCCGUACUCUUCCUGGAGGAGUCCUUCGAGGCGCGCGAGCCCCGCCUGCGGGCGCUCACCAGCCGAGGGAACCAGCUGGAGUCCAUCGCCUUUCGCAGCGAGGACACCUCGGGACAGCAGGGCAACAACGAUGACGUCAUCCUGUCCUGCUGCCUCCACUACUGCCAGGACAAGGCCAAAGACUUCAUGCCCGAUCAGAAAAACGGGACGGUGCGCCUUCAGCGCGAAGUGGUCUUGCUGACGGACGACCGCAACCUGCGCGUCAAAGCGCUGACGCGCAACGUCCCCGUGCGAGACAUUCCCGCCUUCCUCAGCUGGGCCAAAGUGGGCUGA